UUCCUUUCUGCUGGCGGGGGAUGGUUCCGUCUGCCCUCUGCGGGAGCGGGGCCGCGGCGGGGUGGGAGCUGGGCGCUGUGCAGGCCGCCUCGGCACGAAGCUGGGCUGCUCGGUGCACCGGGGCCGGAGUGUGGCGGGCCGGGGGCUUGAGUUGGGACCAUGGCUGUUGACUGGAUUGGGUUUGCAUAUGCUGCUCUGUUGGCUGUUGGAGGUGUUGUAGGAUACACUCGUAAAGGUAGUAAAAUUUCUUUAGCAGCUGGCCUUACCUUUGGUUCCAUGGCUGGUUAUGGAGCUUACUGUGUAACACGUGAUCCAAGAAACGUGAAGAUAUCGUUGUUUUCAGCUUUUCUUUUGACCGUUAUAAUGGGAAUGAGGUUCAAGAGGUCCAAGAAACUAAUGCCAGCUGGACUUGUAGCAUGCCUGAGCCUUUUGAUGAUUUUGAGGCUUGUUUUUAUGCUUCUGUAGGAGAAUGUAGCAACUUGAGAACUGAAGUACGACAGCCAUGCCCACCUCACAAACAGGCAGGCUCCCUGUACUUGAAAGACAAAUUGGAACACAAGUCUUAUUUUGCUUUUAUCUUUUCUGUAAAAGAUCUGUACCCUAAUUACUGGCACAUGCCAGCUGGUGUUUUGCAAGCUGUUGAUAAAAGCUAAAAUAGUGUUUUGUUAAUGAUACAUUUUUAUCUACUUCUGCUUAAGCAAUCUGCUAACUCAAGGGACCUUUACCUCUAAGUUUGAUAGCUUUCAGAGGUGCUGAGCACACCAGGAAACUGCAUUAGUAUUGCACUGUAUCUCAGAGAUGUAUUGUUUUGAAGCGUAAUUUUGUAGCUUCUGUAAUUAAGUAAUCAAUUCUAACCAUGUUGCUGGUCACUAAUGAAAAAAGGCAUGUGCCUGUACUGUCUUAUGCAAAAACCUGUCUUCCUUUUGAAUACUUUUGUCUUCUUCCACUAUUUCUAAAUAAAACACGAAAUGUUUGAAGCUUCU